AUUCUAGCUAUAAGAGAGAAGAAAGAGUUAUCCGAUCGGGAUCGAUACUAAUCAAUGACGAAUCUGGUGAGGUCGAUUUCAUUCAAUAGUUAUUGAUUGUUGUAAACUGCAACUAAUCUAGCAGAUAAAAAAUGGGUUUUUGCUGAAUAUAAUGAAUGAAUAAGACAUUGUGGAAGAUAAAAGAAUUUAUACUAAUAUUCCGGUAAAGAUGCAUAUUUAAUCAACGAAAAAGAGAAGAAAAGGAGGAAAACAUGAAGAGAAGAUCAGGAAUCUCGACGAGUGUCAGUGCAUUGUAACUUGUUUACUAUUAUACAGUGAUAAAGAUCUAUAACGAAGAAAAUGGUGUUUGACCCGAUCUGCGAAGAGCAGAGAAAACAAUUCUUUCGGCAGAACUAUGGAGCUCAUUUACCUGGAUACACGGGUCAUUGUCCUACACUCAAAUUUCGCGUUGGAAAGAGAUUCGGAGCGAAUACGGAAGAAAUAAUGAAGGAAUUAUUAGAAAAGAAAGUCCUCAAGACUGGACCAUAUAAGCCAAAUUCUGGUAGAGAAAAUGAGUUAUCGAGUCCUCAGGUUAAAGAAAUUAAAAGAGACUGGAACAACGAGGCCAGAUUGUACAAAGCUCCGUACAUCCUAGGAUAUACUGGAUAUAUUCCUGGUUUCAACAACAUAUAUGGUUUACCCUUUAUGAAAGCCGUGGAAAUCGGUGCCAAAGAAUGGCACGAAGCACAAAUGAAACUGAGAGCACAGCGUGAUGCAAUGAGGGCUCACGUCGAGCGAACAGAUCCGAGAAAUCUUCUGUCUCGAGCGAGAGCAGAUAACGUGGACAUCGAGAUUGAUCACGGUUAUGACAAAGACAGAAGAAGCUUUGAUUAUCAUAUUUCUCCGGAAAGACCACCAAUCGUCGGUUAUACGGGCCACAUUCCAGGAGCGAAAGGGGAAGUCGCGCUUUCCAAGAGAUACGCUCAAGCCGCUAAAAAAGGAUUAGAAGGUGUUCAAAGAGAACGCGAAGAGAGGCACCACAAGAUUAAAGACAUGCACGCUGUGCAAAGAGUCCUCGAUAAUGCAUAUCUCGACGAAACAGGACAUACACGUGCAUAAAAUAAUACAGAAACGUUCUGUUAACUAUAGCAUACAAAAAGGAAUAAAAAAAUAUAUUUAGACCUUACAAAAGAGAGAAAAAAAAGAAAAAUUGAAAAAAUAGCUAAAAAGAACAGAGUUUAUAUUUCUAAACAUCUAUAUAAAAAUCACAAAAUUUUCCAAUGCAGACUAAAAUUGUGACAUUCGAAACUCACGUUUCGAUUAAUAUAAACAUUUUGUGCCUUGUUCUUUGACAGUAUCGCGAAUCGAAAUGUGUAAAUGUGAGAAAAUAAUCGCGGUUCUUUUAUAUAAUAUAUCAUAUUAGUGAAUAAUUGCAAAAUUAUUUAUAUCCAAAUAAAAAAUGCUUUUGAUAAUUGUAAAGAUAAUUUUUAGUGUUCCAAUGUAUCUUGAAUGAGAAGUAGUGAGAGAUUUUGCUACAUUUUCUACUUUUCGGACACAAAUAUUUUUGCGACUAUUCAGAUAUAUAAGAACAAAAAUGGUAUACAAUUACUAUCAAAAUGAAUAAAAAAUGUACAUACCUGUGAAAGAUAAUAGAUUCACUUACCAAUGUUCGAAAAAUAUAUAUUGUUGGUUUAAUAUAUUUUUGACAAAAUAGAUUAUUAUAGAAGUAUUUUUUUUUUACUAUAUACCUAUUAUAGAUAUUAUCUCUAUUAUAUAUAUUAAAAUGUCCUAUUAUAAGACAUGAAAGAUUUAUAUAAAUAUAUAAGAUAGAUCUUUAGAUCAUACAAGAGGAGUUUUCCUCUUAUAGUUACUCUUCAAAAAAAAAAUGACAAUCGAGAAAAAUUAUUCCUUAACUUAUUGUUUAUACUUGCAUGGCAACUACAUAGAUUAUUUGUGCCAUAUCUUAAUAUUUAAUCCAUGUAAUCACAGAAAUAAAUUUAUCAAUGUAAAACGAAAUAUACAAAGCUAUUUCAAAUGCUUUGAACUUCCAAUAUUUAUUAAGGCUAAUGCCUUCUGCAUCUUUUGCAUAUAUAUAUGUAUAUAUAUAUAUAUACACAUGCAUUUGAUCAUAUUAAUACAAACAUAUCUGAUAUAAAACAUAUUUAAUAUUAAACAUA